AUGUCCUCCUUCCUCGCCCGCCGUGCCCUGCGCAAUUCCUCCCCAGUCACCCGCGCCUUCUCAACCAGCUCCCCACGCUCCUCCUUCGCGCGCAUGACGAUCCUGGGCCGCCUCGCAGCACCUCCCGAGCUGCACCCUACCAGUACAGGCCAGGAUGUCCUGAGAUAUGCGGUUGCUUCGAACUCCGGCGGAUAUGGCGAGAACCAAAAGACGAGCUACUUCAGCGUUUCUGCUUUCGUGCCACCGGGGCCGCGUCGGGACUUCUUCCAGGGACUGGAGAAGGGGACCAUGGUCUACGUCGAAGGCGAGGCCUCGAACAACAAGUUUACGGACAAGAACGGAAAUGAGGUCUACGGACUGAGCAUCGUCCAGCGACAAUUCGAAGUUCUCUCCCCGAAGAAGAUGCCCGAACAACAGUAA